AUGAAUGAUGUGCCAUCCUCAAGUCACAUGCCCAGGCGCAAUCCAUUUUAUGUGGUGGUGACUCCGAAGAAGAAACCUGAACCCCUUCCAGGAAAUGAUCGAGCGCCAGUCGAGACCAUUACUGGGCCUUCCGGCGGCCCAGAAGACAGCCCGUCGUGGACAGUUCUUGAAACAGCUACUGAACCUGAAGCAGAGCCUGAACUUGAAGAUGAACUGGAGGCCACAGUCGUGGAUCACACGCCUGCGACGACUUCGCCAACAUCUAACGCGCUCGAUUAUCAAAUGCCAUUGUUCUCAACGCUAUCAAAUGUCCUCCCUGAAAGAUCAGAUGACUUACGAGUAGGCUUGUCAUCAUUUUCCUCAAAUGUAGACGAUGGUCCCGGGACAACGUCCGGUUUGAGUUCUCAACAGUCGCGUGGAUCUUCGGGAGCGAUACUACAGCGGAUCGACAAUCAAGGCGAACUUCGACCCAGGAAGGCAUUCGCUUUCGACGGUGUUGUACUUCCUUCCCUGACGAGAAGACAAAGACGAGCCACCGUGUAUGGUAAAGACAAGGCAAACCAGGAUGAUGAAACAAGAAACGCAGGGACAUACGUUCCUCAAAAUCUCGUUCAAGCACUCGCAUUUGCAUUCGCUCAUAAUGAUGAUGUUGGUCGGGAUCAUCAGACCGGAAAGCCUCCCAAAGCGAUCUCCGAGCAUCUUCCCAUUGCGCCAACGCAUAUAGCGAGGCCUGACGCGGCGAACGUGAAGGCCCAGGUCCCUAGAACAUUGCAUCAAGUGAUUACACUUAACGAAAAAUCCGGUGCAGAAAUCUGGGAGACAGUGGACGAUCUACUUGGCACAGUAAAGGCGCCAGCUGUGUUAGACACCUCCGCUCUAUCUGCUACGUUAGAGGGGGAGGCACGGUUUUCACGAAAAAUGCAGCUAGCACUGCCAACUAUCGCAACGAACUCUAUGAUAGAGGGCAACAAGAGAUGGAAGGCUUACGCAGUACCCCGCUGGUCGCGGGUAGCGAUAUUUAAAGAGAGGCUGGACGCGAGCCUCGGGCUCGGUGAUUUCAACCGCGGGCUGGGGAAGCGACCCAUAGAGGAUCAACGAGAGGAAGAAGAAGCAUCCUCGGUCCCUCAAGAUGACGUUGCCGCUGAGGUUACGAACCUGAAGAGGCGCAGGAGCGCUGCGAGUCCAGAGCUGGAGGCGUCCGCAGUAUUGACGGAUAGCUCAGAGACACCUAUGGAGAUGAACAUCCAGAUGAUCAAGAGGCGCAGACUGGAUCGUAGGCCUGAUCCACCAGCCUCGGAAGGGCAGCAUCCUGACUGA